AUGGAAAUUAAGUGUGAAUAUAAUUUAUAGUAAUUGUUCAACUAAGAAAAUGUAAGUACAGGACUCAAAGUAAUACUAUUUUUUGCAGACAAUAUAAACGAUCAGGCUAUAGACAUCAUAAAAUAGUGCUGUCUAAAGAUGCUUCAAUCAUAACAUAAACAACUUGUUUUUAACAUAUUCUAUAUCCUCUAUGGUCUGUUUAUAAAAGAGAACUUUACAGGACCCUCUUAUCACUAUUAAAAUGCAGAUAAAAAGCUAUUUAUAGAAAAUUUAUUAACUAAACAAGUCAUUCCAAAAUGUUAAACAAAUUAAAUUAGUAAAGAAUAAUUGAAUGAAAUUGGUUUAAUCGAAUUAUUGCCCCUUAUUAAUUAGAUUAGCAGAGUUUCAGAAUAUGAAAUCUAUCACUCCUAAUCUAAUUAAGAAUGUAAAAAAUAUAGGCCUAUAAAAUAGUUAUUCUUAAUAAAUUACAAUGUUGCGGUGAACCUUUUAAGAGAGUGAUUUAGCUUAAACAUCUCUUUUUAGUUUGCAAAGAAAUUCUUGAAUUGUUGCAUAAUACUAACCCAGUUUAUCAAUUAUGGUGGGCUAGACUUAAUUUUAUGCAUAAUUAGUUCCUAGAUAACCCUGUUUAAGAACUAAAGGAUCAAAUUUUGACUUCGUUUUAAGAGUUCCUUGAUAAUUAUCCUGUAGAUUGCAAAGAGCAAGCCAAAUUAUAUACAGAACUCUCUUAUAUUUACAAUUAUUAUUACAAAUACCAAGAAGCAGAGCUCUGUUUGUUAAAAGCAUAAGUAAUAGCAUAUUAAGAUUAUAGUAAUUGCUAAAGGUUAGAUUUGAAUUAACAGGAAAAUUAGGAAAGAAAACUAAAUUUCAAGAGGAUAAACUGCCUUAAUUAGUAGCUUAAAUAAUAGAUUAGGAAAGUGUAGAAAAAGAAAGUAAUUUUAAAUUUAUACUUUAACAUAGUUAGGGAAUUGCCAAAAGUACAAGAGGUUUUAUAAUAGUAUGCUCCAUAAGAAGUAAAUUUAGAGGAGGAAUCAAUCUUAUUUGAUAAACCUGUUGUUGAUGGAGAAAUCAAAUAGGAUUCAUUGUCAUUGGAAGAACAAAUUGUUUUGUUGGGAUUAAUACAUCAUUAUAAAAAGACUUUGCCAAAUGAUGAAAUACUUUAAUAAUAAGUUUAAGCUUACUUAAAUUUAAUGCUUGAUAAAUCUAAUAGUUGGAUUGUCUAUUCAUAGGGUUUGCUAUUAAGAUCUUUAAAUGAGUUUAAUCAUCUAAAGAGGAUGGAAAGAGCCUUGAUUUAAAUGUAGACACUCGUUGAUUAAUUUAAUGAAAUUCAACCAGAUUCUGAUUUAAGAGCAUUGAAUUUAUUUUACUCAAACUAUCCUGAUUACUAUAAUUUAAGUGGAAUUUUAGCUGAAUAAUGGAUGAAGGUUGGUAUGAUGUCAAGUGGUUAUGAGAUAUUUGCUAGAUUAGAAAUGUGGGAGGAAUGUAUUGAAUGUAUUGUAGGCACUGGUGAUACGUAGAGAGCACUCAAAGAAAUAGAGUAAAUAACAGCAAAAGGGUUUGGGACAGUGAAAAUGAAAUGCAUCACAGGAGAAAUUAAAUAGGAUCCUAAGAUUUUAAAAGAAGCCUGGAAGGAUUCCAAAAGGCGAUUUGCUAGGGCUUAAAGAUCCUUAGGGGAAUAUUACUUUUUUAAAGAAAAAAACUAUGAAAAAUCUAUUAAAUCUUAUAGAAAAGCUGUUAAGAUUAAUUCAUAUCACUAAAAAUCAUGGUAUAUAAUGGGAUGUGCUUAUAUGAGAUUGAAUAAAUUGGAAGAGGCAAUAAAAUCAUUAGGUGAAGCAGUCAGAAUUAAUGAGAAUGAUGGAGAAAUUUGGGGAAAUAUUUCAUCUUGUUUGGUUGCCUUGAAAAAGUUUAGUGAAGCUCAAUCUGCUUUAGAAUAAGGAGUGAAAUAUGCUAGUACAGAUUGGAGACUCUGGAGUAAUUUAAUGGCUAUAUCUUUAAGAAAUAAAAAAUUUGUAAGAUUUUAUUCUUGCAUUGAAAAACUUGUAUAAUUGGAUCAUCGAGAAUUGAUUGAUGAAUAAAUAAUAUCAAAAAUCACAUAAACAUUUGCUUAUUAAACUGAUUAGCUUAAUUCGGAGAACAUUGCUUAAUCAAAUAUUAAUAAAAAAAGAAUACUAAAAUUGUAUGAACAUUUGGCUAAAGAAAUCGGAUAAAAGUACUAUAUCUGGGAAGGUCUAGCAAGAUACACAGAGUUGCUUAUAAUUUACGAUCAAAGAAUGGCAGAAUUAGAAAACAAACAAAUUCUUGAUCUGCUGCCUUAUCAUAAUGAUAUCGUUUAAUACAGAUUAAAAAGCUGCUAGAUGCUUUAAAUUCUGAAUUGGGAAAGAGAUAUGUAAUUGAUAUAUUCUAUUUUAGGUAAAUUUGUCAAACUUUGGUUAAAUAGUUGACUUCUUUGAAUUAAGAUGUCUAAAAAAUAAAAGAUGAGGAAACGAUAAAAAAUAUCACUGUGUAUAUAUCUUAACAAAAGAGUAGAUUAGAAACUAUUUUAGAAACAAAAAUUAACUUUUGA